AUGCGGAAUCUCUAUCUGGGAUCAGAUUUGAAAGACAAACUCUUGACUGCGAAGCAAAUGGAAGCCCACUGUCCCGCACUCUUGGAAUGCAACAACCGCUACCACAGUCGAUGCCGUUUGAAUCAAGACUUCCUUCACCCGGCUACAUGUACGAACCCGGAACAAUGGAAUCCUCCAAAUGUUGCUCUUGGAGAAGGUCCUGUAGCGUACGGAUGCUACUUUCCCAAUUGCGAAGAUUGUGGUGACGGUGGAUGCAAUUCGCUUUAUUCCGUUUGUCAAAGACGGCAGCAUGAAUCAUCGGAAGAAUGUCGUUUGCCCAGGAGUAUGCCCACCAACACCAACAGCGACAAACCCAGCCCUAUGACUACUCAGCAGAACCAAGUAUACGGAGGCUACUUCUCUAUUGAUUUUGCACGAGACGUCGAGCUUCAGACACCACAACACAAGACCACACAAGAGAACUUUGCUUCGUUUCUGCACCAACAAUACAAUGCAGAUCCAUGGGUAAUGCAAUCCUUUGGUGGUCCUCCAGUCUGUGUUGUUGGUAUGGGCGUCCAUGACAUGGCCAUUCCCAGCAUCGCGUUGCCGCAGUAUCUUACCAAUCUGGAAUGGUUCUUGUCACUGCUGCUGCUGCCUCCAGCGAAUGAUGCGGAAGAGCAAGAACGGUUAGACAAGACCUAUGAUAUUGCUCCCACUUGUUCACAUGUUGUUUGGAUUCACAGUACGGCUCCAAAGCGUCAGAAUGACACUGAUCCAGCUUAUUUCUAUGCUCCCCAAACAGUGGAAAGAACCAGGGAGUGGAACCAGGCUGUCCAUCAAAUGUUGCUAAAUACAAAGGUGCUUCCGAAGCAAAGGUUGACCAUUAUUGAUGUCUUUGAUGCAUCACAGCACUAUGAUCACCGGGAUAACGUGCACUUGCAACGGCCUUGGUACAAGUCUCUUGGAGCUUUCUUUUCACAGCUAAUGGAUCAGAUCACGUUGGGAGAUGCAACGGUGCCCCUGGUGGCGUACGAAGACCGAAGAAUGGAAAGUCCUCCGCCAAUUGUUUCAGAAACAAACGCUCUCACAUUACAGUCCGCACAACAAGCAGCUUCACCGACGAGCGCCCAAAACCCAUCGCCGCAUGCCAGCACAGACGACAGCACCUUUCAGGAGCAAAAUGCACUAGUCGCAGCCCUUAGAGCCAGAGCAGGCAGUCCAAGGCCAAAACAAGAGGAACCAAAAUAUUCCAAGCCUACAUUUACCGAUCCACACCUUAGCAGCUAG